AUGAAUAUUUGGCCGAAAUACGCUGCAAUAUUUGAUUACGAUGGUAUUAUAGGAGAUACCAAACCAAUUUACAUGUCAGCUAUUAAUAAAAUAUGCCGUGAGUUUGGAUAUUAUGAUUAUGACGAGAAGAACCAUUGCUCACAAAUAGGAUGUAACUUAGAACAAUCUAAUCAAGUUAGACUAAAACAUAAACCUGAUUUUUCGUACGUAGAACUUAUACCUGGUGUAAAGAAAAUAGUAGAAUUAUACAAGAAAGCAGAUUGGGAUUUGUAUAUAGCAUCCAAUUCAUCCUGCGAUGAAUUUAUGCAAAAAACUUUGAACAACAGUAAUAAAGAAAUGUGUGAUUUAAUCAAGAAUAACUUUAAUCUGCAAAAUUUUGUUUGUGGUGAUGAUCACGGUGUAAAUGAUAAGGGAAAAUAUGGGCUUAUUAAUGAAAAAAUUACUAUGAAACCUAAAGAUUGUUUGGUAUUCGAAGACUCGUUUCAUGGUGCUAGUUCGGCAAAAUCAUUUGGUUUUAAUAACCAAAGAAUGAAAGCGUAUUAUGAUAACGAAUAUUCUCAUCUUUAUGAUAAUUUUGCUGUUGUUAGUAAUUUUAAUAAGUUUAUGUAUCGAAUAUUAAAUAUGGAUAUGCGAGUGUGA